GAAGUCGAUGCGCGUCACGUGAAAUGUUUUGCGAAUGUUAACGCAAUGUUAAUGUUAUGCUAGGCCGAACUGUAAAAGAGCGCGAGAGAGAGGUAGAGAGAAAGAGAGACGCCAAAAGAUCAACAAACCCGAGAAGAAAGCAGCGACGAAACAGCUAAGGCCAAAAACAGAAAAAAAAAACUAUUUACUGGUGUAUAAGGCGCCAAUUCAACAGACAUCGGCCAAAUUUAUAUAGAUAUAUAAAAUGGGACACUAUACGCGACACAGUUGCCUGUUGGCCCUAGUUUUGUGCCUGGUAUUCAACACACAGCAUCUUUCGGUGCACGGCGAUGCCUCACACAUUGAAUCGGCUGCGUUGCCACUGGAACACAGAGCUGGCUAUGGACCGCCAGCGCAAUCACCGAUUUAUGGGGCACCACAGGGUCCGCUGAGCACUGGCGCCACGAACGGACUGUCCGAGGAGGCCUGGCCACUGGCCAGCACCAAUGACAGUCCACAGAUUAAGCAUCUGCAGGUGCAGUGCGAGAAGACGCACAUGCGGGUCAACAUUGAGUUCGAUCGUCCCUUCUACGGCAUGAUCUUCUCCAAGGGCUUCUACAGCGAAUCCCAUUGUGUGCACAUGCAGCCGGGCACUGGCCAUCUGAGUGCCACCUUUGAGAUCUUCCUGAACAGUUGCGGCAUGAGCAGCUCGGCCAACCACAAUGCGGCGGGCUAUGGAGCACCUACGCCAUCGGGCAGCUAUGUGGAGAACACGAUCAUCAUCCAAUACGAUCCCUAUGUGCAGGAGGUUUGGGAUCAGGCACGCAAACUACGCUGCACCUGGUACGAUUUCUAUGAGAAGGCCGUCACCUUCAGACCUUUCCAGGUGGACAUGUUGCAUGCGGUUACGGCCAAUUUCCUCGGCGAUAAUCUCCAGUGCUGGAUGCAAAUCCAGGUCGGCAAGGGUCCCUGGGCAUCGGAGGUCUCGGGCAUUGUGAAGAUCGGACAAACGAUGACGAUGGUGUUGGCGAUCAAGGAUGAUGAGAAUAAAUUCGAUAUGCUGGUGCGCAAUUGUGUUGCCCACGAUGGCAAGCGUGCUCCCAUUCAGCUGGUGGAUCAGAACGGUUGCGUUGUCCGGCCCAAGAUCAUGAGCAAAUUCCAGAAGAUCAAGAACUUUGGACCAUCCGCUUCGGUCGUUAGUUUCGCUUACUUCCAGGCCUUCAAGUUCCCCGACUCGAUGAAUGUGCACUUCCAGUGCGUGAUCCAAGUGUGUCGCUACAACUGUCCCGAACCCAAGUGCGGACCUGGACUGCCUGGCGGUGAAUACGGAUUGCCCCAGUUGGGUGGCAAUGCGCUCUCCGAGGAAUAUGGACCACCCGAGGCCUAUGAGAGGAAUGACUUUGCUCUUGGUGGUCUACCUCCGGCAGCUUAUCCCGAUCCACGUCAUCCAGCUGCCGAUGCCAGUGGCGCCUAUUCCGAGAAUCAACCAGAUGUGGUGCCCUCACCCCAGGCCCAGACCUCAGCGGUGACCAGCGCCGAGUCGGCAGCCAGCGGACCGGCCAGCUCACAGGCGCCACAACUCCAGCAGGGUGGCAACAGCAACGAACUGGGUCUGCCGCCACCACCACUGCCCGGACAAUCGGGCCAAUAUAGCACCGUUAAGCGCAAGGAUGAGCUGAGCGCUGGCGGCAAUCUGGUAUCGCUGGGCGGACGGCCACGCUCCGUUGAGGGACUCGAUGAUUUGAGGGGUGUGCGCCGGCGUCGCGACACCAUGGAGAUUGUGAUGAAGCCACAGCCACAACGCAUCUACAAGCGCAACGCCCAGGAGAUGACCGACGUGAACACGAGUCGCAUCAUUCAGGUCGUCGCACCUGGCGAUGUCAAUUUCGCACUGAACAGCAAUGCCAGCAAUGAGACGGUUGUCAUCCAAUCGGCUCGCUCGGCGGAUGCGGAAACCAUUUGCAUGUCUGUGCCCAGUUUUGUGGGUGGUCUCGUCAUGCUGCUGCUCGUUCUGGCCGUGGCCUCUCUAGUCGCCGCCUUCCUCUUUGUCCGUGUGCGUCACUUCGAUCGCAAGGGUGCGGGCAUGUCCUACGUCAACUAAACUACUACCAAUCUACUACUCGUACUACACACACACACACACACACACAUAUAUAUAUAUUUAUAUAUAUAGAGUGGUAUAUAUCCAACUGCACCAUCAGUAAACCAAAUCAGUUUUAUGUGCACCUGUUCUCCCCAAAUCCUAACUUCCUGCCUAUCCUUCAUUUACUAUUUAUCUAUUUAUUUGCUCUUCCCUGCUUCGACUAUUUAUUGUUUUUGUUUUUAUUUGUAUCCAAAUGGGUCGCCUUGUUCUGCAUAAUUUCUUUUUAGUUAAUAAUUGAAAAAAGCGCUCGAAACGAAAUAAACGAAAAAAAUAAUUGUGACGUCAUCGUGUUCUCACACUCUCAUUUUGUCAG